CAUAGAACGCGUUUGGAACUGUGUCGGGCGACGCAGUAACCUGCGCGGGCCCGCUCGUCCAUGCACUUGAAGUGCGCAUUUCGUCUCUGACCGGAGCAUGCGCUUGCGGCUGGCCACAUCCAUGGCCGCUGCGAUCGUCGCGGUAGCCCAUGGCGGCAGCUGCGAAGAGCGGCGCUGCUGGACGCCGGCUACGCCGUGCCUCGACGGUGCCGGCGGGUGCGCAGCGCGGCAGCAGGACGGGCACUGCCCGAGGCAGACCACAUUGUGCACGGUUGCAGUCCUCGGUACGCCUGUCGAGUCGGCGACUUCGAAUGCGACCGCCAAUGCGACGCGCGCCGUGGCCAUCAUGGCGCCGUCGACAAGGGACACGAGUGGCAGCAAGACGUAUGCACAAGGCGCCGAGCACAGCAGCAGCGGGUUCAACGCCGGCUCGGAGACGUACGCGCUCGUGGGCAUCAUUGUGGGCCUCCUCGUCGUGCUCUGCGUCGCGCUGCUCAAUAUUUAUGUCCAGCGCAAGCGACGCACCAACCUUCUCCUGGACUCGAACAAGUUUAUUCCGCUGCCGCGCCCGAGCCAUUACGACCAGCCGCGGCGAACGUUCUUGCUUACGACCAUGACGUCGCGGUCGCUCUGUCCCGUCCUCGAAGAUGAGCGAUCGUCGUCUGAGUCCGAGGACUGGACGACCAACACUAUGCAGUUUCAAUUUUCGCCCAGCACGUUGCCGCUGCCCAUUGUGCUACUCACCUCCGAGUCCCUCUCGGACCUUCCCGUGCUCCAGUGUGACGAGUACUCGCUCACGAUUUAGUUCGCCAUCUCCACUAACCCAAAUGGCAUCUUAUUUAGCUUAUCGUUGCC